GAUCUCAGACUGCCGACACGAAACACAAUGCUGCAGAAUGGGACUGUGCUCUUAGCUGCUUUUUCAAGCGGAUUUGGAACAAUUACAUAAACAUAGAAGCACUCUUUGCAAUCGGACGCGUGACAAGCGCAAGGCGGCGUGCCGACGCAAACCAUCUAGAAUUUUGCAGGACUUUCACGUUGUCGCCACUCUCACAAUAAACUGUUGUACAGGUGCCUAGUGAUUGAUGAACGCAUAGACUCAUCAGCUCAUCGGCGCGACCUAGGAACCGCGAGGCGCCAUGCCGUUUGGCCAGGUGGUGGUGGGGCCGCCCGGCAGCGGCAAGACCACCUACUGUCAUGGCAUGCAGCAGUUCAUGCAAGCGGCCGGCCGCAAGGUCGCCAUCGUGAACCUGGACCCAGCCAACGACAUGCUGCCGUACCAGCCGGCGGUGGACGUGGCGGAUCUGGUGUGCCUGGAGAAGGUGAUGGUGGAACUCAAGCUGGGGCCGAACGGAGGCCUACUGUACUGUAUGAACUAUCUGGCCAAGAACCUGGACUGGCUCCAGGAGAAACUAGAGCCGCUGGAAAAGGAGGACUACUACUUCAUAUUUGAUUGCCCCGGCCAGGUGGAGCUGUUUGCGGUGGCUGGGGCGCAGGAGGGCGGCUCGCUGCGUGCCGUGGUGGACUGGCUGUCCAACAGCCGCGCCUACAGGCUGGUGGCCCUUCAGCUGGUGGACGCCCACCUGUGCACCGACCCAUCCAAAUACUUGUCGGCGCUGCUGCUGUCGCUCAACACCAUGCUGCAUCUGGAGCUGCCGCACAUCAACGUACUGUCAAAGAUGGACCUGGUACGGCAGUACGGCUCACUGGACUUCAAUCUGGACUUUUACACCGAGGUCCAGGACCUGGGCUAUCUGGUGGCGGCCAUGGGCGGCAAGCCCUUUUCAAACAAGUUCAAGAAGCUGAGCCUGGGGCUGUGUGAGGUGGUGGAGGAGUACGGUCUGGUCAGCUUCGUGCCGCUCGCCAUUCAGGAGCGCGAGAGUUUGGCAAAGCUGGUGAUCGCGGCGGACAAGGCCAACGGCUACUGCUUCGCCACGCUGCGUGGGCACUCGCCGUACCCGCCCGAGAUCCUGUACGGCAGCGCGACGUCGGCGCUGGGGGACAAGGACAUCUGGCUCAGCUUGCAGGAGAAGUACGUCGAUGGAGAGGUGCAGGAGCGGGCGGAGGCGGGCGAGCGCGAGGGCAAGGGCGAGGGCAAGGACGAGGAGAGUGCCGGGAGGGGCGGCAGGGCGGUGUCGGAGGCGAGCAAAGCCCCCAGCUCCACAUUUGGGAAACGGGCGGAAGCGCAGAAGGUGUCGGGGCAAGGCGAGGCGCCAGGGCAAGGCGGUUCUCAGUGAGAGGUAUGCUGGAUGCCGUGUGGAGAGGGCGAAGAUGCGCACGCACGGAAGGAUGGGGGCGCCAGGAGGAGUGGCGCUGCGACAAAGUGAUACAGGAACAGCAUGUCGGUUGCUGGACUUCAGCGCAUUGAUGGCCGACUGCGAGCCAGUUAUUGGCAUGCCCUGUGUCUACUCCGCGCAUCGUCUGUGUCUUCUCGACGCAUGUUACUAGAGCUGAACGCAGCUUGCGAUGGAUUGGGUAGCAGGUUGCACAGGGAGGCGGCGUGGCGGCAACAGCCGGGGCCGGGCGUUGUGGACAUGAUGAGGAGUGUGGCGGAUGCGAGCUGCAAAAGGCUAUGCACGGUGCAUGGAAGCUGCUGUAAGCGGACACAGCC